AGCACCUCCCCGUUCGCCCACUAUGCAUCUCAUGUACCACGUCGGCCCCGACGGCAAGCGCGUCUACACCCUCAAGAAGGUCUCCCCCACCGGCGCAAUCACCAAGUCCGCUCACCCCUCGCGUUUCUCGCCUGAUGACAAGUACUCCCGUCACCGUGUUACCUUGAAGAAGAGGUUCGGGUUGCUGUUGACUCAGAAGGCCGACUCCGCUAAGCCUUGGUAAACAUCCAUGGAGGCGAGAAAGAGAAGGACAUAGGAGAAGAGAAGCAUUAAGCGAUACGAAUGUCAGCGGGACGAAGUGUUCGGACGCCGCGCAU